AUGGAUCAUUCAUUUUAUAUAAUUUUGCAUACAAGAAAUUAAUUUUAAUUGCUGGCAAUCAUAUUUCAAAGAAGUCAAGAUAAAAUAUACUCAUACUUUGUUUAAAAUUUCUUAGAGUUUUUUUUAAUUGGCAGCCUAUUAAAAUAGAGCUUAUCCUAUUCUUUAGCUUAUAUAAUGAUAGUCAUUUCAUUUUUAUCUCAAACGAUUCUAUUUCUAUUAUUAUGCUCUUCUACUGUAAUUAUACACUGCUAAUAUGAUCAAGAGUAGCGAAAAAGGUAAUUUAAAAAGCGAUAUUUAAAAUUGGAUGAUAUAAUCAAUGAACUUUUCCAUUGGAUACUCGUUAUUUAUCCAGUAAUUUACUUAUAUAUUGCUGUAUUGUCAUUUAGUUCUUUAUCAUGUAAUUUAUUAAGUUUGAUUCCAUUCAAAGAAAGUGAAACCAUCUCUUUAGUUUUAAUAUCAUUAUUUAAUGGAUAAAUUUAGAUAUAUACUAUGAGGAAUCAUAGUUUUAAUGAAAUCAAUUCUCUAAAAAGAAGAUCUCAAGUUUGUUACUCUUUAACAAUACAAUAAUAAUGGCUGUUAUAUUUUUUCACUAUAAUUAUGAAGUUGUAAGAAAUUUAGUUGGAUUUUUCUGACUCGAUUAUAUUCAGUAAUUAUCCUUAUAGAGAUCCAAAUUAGAUUACCAGCAAUGACAAAUACCUUCAUAAAAUUUUGGAUUUUAGCAGUCUUGACAAUUUAUAGAUUACAUCUCAAAUUGAAGAACAAUAAUUAUUCUUUCUUCUGGCAAAUAUAUCUAUCAAUUUUGAACUAGAGUUAAGAAAGCCAGAUUAAAUUUCAAUAAAUUAUAAGGAUUCAUAGAUACCAUUGCAAGAAUAAAAAUGUUAUUCAAAAGAUUUAAAAUUUAGACAGGCAAACUUAGAUUAAAAAGAAGGUCUCCAUUCACCAUCUUUAAGUAUCAUUAAAUGCAUAUUCAAAACAGCUCAAUCAUGGUUAUUUAGGUUGAAUAUAUAUAUUUGA